GAGAUGAGAGUGUGGGUAUGUAUUGUAGAGUCAAAAGAAACAGUUGAUUGUAUUAACUCUGCCAACGCGGUUUGUUUAUAGAUGAGAAGAAGAAGAAGAAGAAAAAGAUUGUUAUAUUUAUUAAAAGCCUUCUCAACUGUCCUCUUCAUCUCAUGUUUGACUCUCAAUUCUCAUCUCUAUAUAUUACUCUCUCGAUUCCUCACUUCUCACACCAAAAGUUCCCAACUCUCUCUAUCGCAAAGAUGACUUGUAAGUUUCUUCUUCUUGUGCUUCUUGGUGCUCUUGUUUGCACCACCAGUGCUAGAAAGCUUGUGAGCUCCUCAAAAGGCUCUUUUGAAGAUGAGAAAUCAUUCUUUCACCAUCCGAGGCAUGGCGGCGGUGGUGGUGGGUUAGGUGGCGGAGGAGGUGGUGCUUUUGGAGGAGGAGGCGGCGGUGGAUUGGGUGGAGGAGGUGGUGCCGGCGGAGGAGCUGGCUUUGGUGGGGGUGCUGGAGCAGGAGGUGGUGGUGGACUUGGAGGAGGAGGUGGUGGAGGGUUCGGCGGUGGCGGUGGUGGUGGUGGAGGACUAGGGGGUGGGUCUGGUUUUGGAGGAGGAGCUGGUGGUGGGUUUGGAAGUGGGGGUGGACUUGGUGGGGGAGCUGGCGGUGGAGGUGGUGGAGGUUUUGGUGGCGGAGGUGGUGGAGGACUUGGAGGAGGAGCUGGUGGGGGAUUUGGUGGAGGAGCUGGUGGUGGCAUUGGGGGUGGUGGAAUACCUUGAGGACAGGAUCAUCAGUCUCCAUGCUUUCUCUUUUAUUUAUAUUAAAGAAUGUAAGACAAUAAUAUGUAUUAACUGUUAUGUUAUGUUAGUGUUUUCUACGUUCGCUUGCUUUGCAGUCCAAAGAUUAGUUAUGAAAUGAGCUUUUAACAAUUACAA